AUGUCUGAUUCAUUGGAAUUGGUACAUAAAUGGAGUCAUACCUACUCGAUUUUAUCCACAUGUGCAUUUCCCCAUAAGAAAUUAUUAUUCGCAGGUACUCAGGAUUCUAAAAUUCUAGUGUUUGAUACAGUUACUUAUAAUUUAAUUAAAAUAUUACAUUUAGGGCAGUCUAUCGAAGUGAAUACCAGAUCAAGUGUUUUGUGCCUAGAUAAAUCAAAGGAUGAAAAUUCGUUAUUUUCUGCAGGCGCAGAUUCCUUAGUUAGAAUAUGGUCCAUUGGGGAAGUGACUAAUACUGUUGAUACUGAUGUAGAAGUUAAUGAAUUGGUGACAAUUUACUCUGUAACAGAUAUUGGUGAUAUAUUUUCAAUUAGAUUUAUUGACUCAUUGGAGACUUUAGUGUUUGGUUGUCAAAAUGCAAGUUUGUUGUAUUUAGAUAAUGUGUUCAAAAGAUUAAAAGGGGUUUUAUCAAGUGCAGAAUCAAAUGCAAAUAGAUUACCUCAUAGGCGUUAUAAUAAAUUUUUUGAUUCGAAUGGACCAACAGGUUCUGCUAGUCCAUUUUUACCAAUGGAGUCAUCAAUUGAAAAACUCUCCCUAGAUGAAAAUUUAGAAAUUUUAACUAAUACCAUUUUGGAGAUCCCAUCAAAUAACAUUGUCAAUUAUGCACAUAAUGGGUUCAUAUAUUCAAUUUGUGAAUUAGAUUCUCAAUUUAAGGAUUUGUUGGAGAGUGAUUGCAGUGGCUGUCCUCCUGUUAAAGAUGCUACUAUUUGUGAAUACAUUAUUACGGGUAGUGGUGAUGGAACCACGAAGAUUUGGGUAUUUGUUGGGGAUGAAAACAAUGAUGUAGCGUUAUAUUUCUGUAAAAUGUUAGAUUGUGAAGAUAGUGUCCUCUCGCAAGAUGUAGAGUUUCCAUUUCUCUAUUGUGGUUUGGGUGAUGGGGCAGUGAAAAUUUGGGACUUAAGUACAAAUCAAAGUGUUUCAACCUUAUCAACUCCUGUUAAAUCCGAUAUUAUUUCGUUAUCUGUUUAUAAUGAUUGCAUAUAUGCCGCAAAUGAAAGUGGCAUAACUUUGUUCCAAAAGGGUGAAGUUGAAUUAAUAAAUACUCAUCAAGGUAAGAUUUUAAGUUCUGGUAUCUUUGAAAGAAUUGGUCCUAAUGGGAAAGUUUAUCCAAAUUUAUUGACUGGUGGUAAUGAUGGUUCAUUGACUUUAUGGAACUUAUCAUGUUUAGCGUGUGGGAAAGAUCUGAAUUUGACACAUUUGGAAGAAAAUUGGUCAGACUCUAAACAAACGCAGAAGGUUAAUACCGAAAAUAUGUUGAAUACUCUAAAGGAUCUAACUGCAUUUGAAACAGUCUCCCAAGUUACGGAUGGAACAAGCUUUGGAUUAUCUUCGAGAAGAUGUGCCACUUAUUUACAACAGUUAUUUGCAACUCUUGGUGCAUCCCAAUCGAGAUUAUUGCCUAUUUCUGAUUCGCUGAAUCCAGCUAUUGUGGCUACUUUCACUGGUAAUGAAAAGAAUAACGAUAAACGUAGAAUACUUUGGUAUGGUCAUUAUGACGUUAUUCAUCCGGGUGAUAGAGAUAGGUGGAAUACUGAUCCAUCUAUACUGACAUGUGAAAAUGGUUAUAUGAAGGGUCGUGGUGUUAGUGAUAAUAAGGGUCCGUUAGUGAGCGCUAUCCAUAGUGUUGCUAUGCUACACAAACAAAAUAAGUUAGAAAAUGAUGUAGUUUUCUUAAUUGAAGGUAAUGAAGAAAUUGGCUCCCCAGGAUUUGCAGAAGUUUGUAAAAAAUACAAGAACAUAAUCGGAGAACAAAUAGAUUGGAUUAUGCUAAGUAAUUCUACGUGGGUAGAUACUGUCCACCCAUGUUUAAAUUAUGGUUUAAGGGGUGUUAUUAAUGCUAGAGUCACGGUGUAUUCCGAUGUACCAGACAGUCAUUCUGGUGUUAAUGGUGGUAUUCUACAAGAACCAACGACCGAUAUAAUAAGAAUUAUAUCCAAGUUACAAAAUGAUGAUGAUUCAAUCAGGAUCCCUAAUUUCUAUGAUAAUGUUAAAGAUAUUGACCAAGAAGAAUUAAUACGAUUUUCUGAGAUUUCAGAAAUGGCUGAAAUGGAGAAAAAUGGUUCAACCGAAGAGUUAAUUAAGAACUGGACAAAACCUUCUUUGUCCUUAACCACAUUAUGUACUAGUGGUCCUGGUAACAUCACCGUCAUUCCCAGAUCUGCUUCUAUUGGUAUGUCAAUACGUCUGGUUCCAGGGCAAAGUGUAGAUUCUGUAAAGGAGAAUCUUCAACAAUAUGUAAAAGAUUGCUUUGAGAAACUUUCCUCAAGUAAUCAUUUAAAGGUAAAAAUUCUUAAUGUUGCAGAGCCAUGGUUAGGAGACCCGAAAAAUGAUGCAUACCAAAUUCUAAAGGAAGAAAUUACAAAAGCUUGGAAUAUGCAACCUUUAUUUGUUAGAGAAGGUGGUUCUAUCCCAUGCAUUCGUACAUUGGAAAGGAUAUUUGAAGCACCUGCUGUUCAAAUUCCAUGUGGUCAAUCUACUGAUAAUUGCCAUUUAUACAAUGAAAAUUUGCGUAUAAAGAAUUUUUCCAAUAUGGCAGAAAUUCUUUAUAACGUUAUCAAUAGAUUAUAA